AGACGCGAGCUAAACGUUUGUGUGUGUUUCAAACUGUCCAUUCGCGGGUAUAUGGCAAAAACGGCCGCUUUUCUUUCUUACCCAGGUGUCCCCACUACUCUUUAAAAAUUCCGCCGAAAAAGAGGAGACGAUCUUCCAAAACCUUCAAGCCGUUAUCUCACGGCUCCCCUCUUUCUCUACAGGUGUAUAAGCGCUACCCAGAAGGCCUAGGGAAGGCACUCUACCGCGAGCAAUUCGACUUCAACGCGGAGCCGCCCUGGGAUCCUAGCUGAUAGCGGGAGAAACCCAUCUCCCAGCUUGGCCAUGUGAGCGUCAAACAAUUCUGAAUUAGUCACUUGUGCAUAUAAUGAGUUAUAUUUGUUGCAUAUUCACAGGACCCAAAGGCUCAGUACACUCUCUAUGAUUGUCGGAUCUGCGGACUACGGUUGAGAUGAAAGGAUUUACUGAUGAACUGAACUACGUUGUUGAACUGCUUGAGGGAGGAACAACCCUCGACGAUGUCGUUGACAACCACAUUUAUGAACAAGCUUUGGCUGAAAAAAAUGCAUUUGUUGUGGCUGACCUCGGUGCAUUGCUGCAGCAACAUGUUCUCUGGCAGAGCACCCUACCCCUAGUUCGACCGUUCUACCCUGUCAAAUGUAACAGCAGCCCUGCAGUCAUCGAGAUUCUGGCUGCUCUAGGAGUCGGUUUCAUGUGUGCAAAUAAGGCUGAAGUCUCAAUGGUACUCAACCAUGAUGUCUCUCCUGAGAACAUCAUCCUUUCUGGUGUUUGCAAACAGCAGUCACACAUCAAACAUGCUGCCAAGAACGGUGUGAACUACCUGGUGUGCGAUAACGAGGCCGAGCUCGGGAAAAUCGCCCGUGCUCACCCGAAUGCUAAGCUUCUCCUGCAGUUAUGCACCGAGGCACAAACAGAGGAGGCCAGCAUGCUGUUUGGCUGCUCGCUGAAAAGUUGCAGGCACCUUUUAGAAGCUGCCAAAGGGAUGGGUGUGGAUGUGAUUGGAGUAGUGUUCCAGGUACCAGCGUCAUGUAAGGACCCUCAAGUGUAUGCCCAUGCCCUGUCUGAUGCCCGCUGUGUAUUUGAUAUGGGGGAGGAGCUUGGGUUUAAUAUGGAGGUUUUGGAUAUUGGGAGUGGAUUCAGUGGCUCUGAGUAUCAGUUGAAACAGAUCCAUGCUGCUAUUAGACCUUUGCUUGAGGCCUAUUUUCCUGUUAAGUCUGGUGUACGAGUGAUUGCUGAGCCAGGAACCUUUUACGUGUCUUCCUCUUUCACCCUGGUUGUAAAUGUCAUUGGCAAGAAACUAGUAGCCAGAGAUCUUCAUGGUGAGUCUAAAGAGCUGACUCUAAGCGAUGACCCUGAAUUUUUGUACUAUUUGAGUGAUGGUGUAUUUGGAUCUUUCGUUGGCAAGCUGUUGGGAAACAUCAUUCCAUCCCCCUCAGUGCACAAGAUGUCACUCUCCGCAGACAAGCCGGUGUUCUCCAGUAGUCUGUGGGGUCCCUCCUUUGACGUUUUGGACCAGGUGGUGGAGCAUUGCCUUCUACCUGAGCUCUCUGUGGGAGACUGGCUCAUCUUUAAAAACAUCGGGGCCUGUGGUAAUGAGGAGACAGCGGUCAUCAGCGACUCAGAAAAACCAUCCAUGUAUUACACCAUUUCUGAAAGCUCCUGGUUCGAGAUGCAGGAGGCUGGAAUCUCACUUGACAACACCAUGAAGAACUUUUCAUUAGUUCCAUAUGGCUUGUAGUUGAAAACUCUGGCUCUGACUCCUAACCUGGGCAUUUGAAUGGCUUCUACAGCGAAUAAACCAACAGCCAUAAACAGAACAGUUAAUGCUUAGCUACUAAGAAAACAUGAUGACCAGUGGCAUUUGGGAUCACAGAAUAAUUGUCCUUGUCUUAGGUUUUCACAAUUUAUUGGUCGAAAUGCGUUUUUUUUCUUCUUGUCAGCCAAACGGAAGAGUCAAAAAGCCUCAUAUUUAGUAAUAACAUAUGCAACAAAAUGGAUGGCUGUGGAGAUGGGAUCCUGUCUUUGGGUUUCUUUAUCAAAAAUCGUUUACAUAAGUGUUUAAUUAAUUUAAUUAUUUACUGAUUACCUGCUGAUGGUCUUGUAAAUGAGUUGUCUGUUGCACCAUUAUGCACUUGUGUAUAUUAAAAUCAAAUGUGAUUUUAACAAGUUAUUUUAGAAGAUAGAAUCAAGUGUGUUACAGCCCUGUGUGUAAAUCAGCACAGUGAAAUUUCGAUAUUAAUUUGUCGUAUUUGUGCUUACCCCUCACUGUUGUAUAUGGGUUUGACAAACUGUGGAGUGCAACUAAACUCAUUUGAUUAAAUUUCCACUACAGUGCUUGUGGCACUAUUUCCCAGUA